AUGAAUAGUGUUGUUCAGAGAAGGUUUUCGAGGAUGGUGAGAAUGAAUAAUGGCCUAAAAAUUCCUUCCAUCGGUUUAGGAGUAUUUGGAGCUAAAGAUCACAAUCUUAUAUCUGACUCGAUUGUGAAGGUAGGUUACAGGCAUAUUGAUGCUGCUCAAGCUCUUGGAAAUGAGCAGUUGAUCGGUGAAGGAGUUAAUCAGGCUGUUGAAGAUGGUGUUAAAAGAGAAGAUAUUCAUGUCUCUAGCAAAAUGUAUAGGGCUUAUUACGAGGACCCAGUGAAGGCAUGUCAGAAGACUUUGAAGGCACUCAAGCUUGACUAUUUGGACCUGUUCAUGGUCCAUUGGCCGAUGCCUGAUUUUGAGAAGGACAAAAAGACUUUUAAGAGGACUCCUAUGUAUCAGGUAUGGCAAGGGAUGGAGGAGUGAGUGAGGUUGGGACUUACGAAGUCUAUUGGAGUGUCAAAUUUUGGAGUACAGAUGAUGAUUGAUAUGCUGACUUAUGCGGAUAUACCUCCAGCUUGUAACCAGGUUGAAGUGCAUCCAUAUUAUCAACAGCAGGAUUUAGUUAAGUUCUGUGAUAAGUAUGAUAUUACAGUGAUUGCUUAUUCUCCUUUGAGCUGUCCUGCAAGGCCAGUUGGUGGAAAAUGCUCAAAUGCUCUUAAGGAUCCUUUACUUGAAGAAAUUGCUGCAACUCAUGGUAAAACAGUUGCUCAAAUAGCCUUAGCGUGGAAUCUUCAGCUAGGAAAUGUAGUGAUCCCAAAGACAAAUAAUCUAAAUAGAGCACAAGAGAACCUUGAAGCAUGCUCAAUCACCCUCUCUGCACAAGAGAUGAGGAAAAUAUCCUCUAUCAGCACAAACCAAAAGAUCUUCGACCCUAAAAACUGGCCUAUAUACGGCAAAAUUCCUCUAUUUGCUUAA